AUGAGGUUCAAGUUUGCUAUCCCAGCACUUCUUCUGGAAGUGAUCAUCAUUGUUUUGUUUGGGAUAUUUGUGGAAUAUGACAAAGAAAGUAUCAGUGACCACUUAUACCCACACUUCCAGGAUGUUCAUGUGAUGAUAUUUGUUGGAUUUGGUUUCCUGAUGACCUUCCUGAAGAAAUAUGGAUUCAGCAGUGUUGGUAUCAAUAUGCUCAUUGCUGCCUUCGGUCUCCAGUGGGGAACUCUGAUGCAAGGACUUUGGCACAUGAAAGCAGGGAAAAUUCAUGUUAAUUUCAAAAGCAUAAUAAAUGCAGACUUCAGUACAGCAACUGCUUUGAUUUCAUUUGGAGCAGUCCUGGGGAAAACAACUCCCAUUCAGAUGCUGAUCCUGACAAUUCUGGAGAUCACCAUCUUCGCGUGCAAUGAACAUCUGGUUACUGAAAUAUUUGAGGCCACAGAUGUUGGAGCCUCGAUGACUAUCCAUGCUUUUGGAGCUUAUUUUGGUUUGGCUGUAGCCUUAGUCUUGUAUCGUCCUGGUCUGAACAACAAACAUGAAAAUGAUGAAUCUACCUAUCAUUCAGACUUGUUUGCCAUGAUUGGUUCCCUGUUUCUUUGGCUCUUUUGGCCCAGUUUUAACUCUGCCAUUGCACCUGAUGCAUCCUCCCAGAGGAUAGCAAUUAUCAACACUUACUAUUCCUUGGCUGCAUGUACCAUCAUAACAUUUGCCCUCUCCAGCUUGGUGGAUCAAAGAGGCAAAUUCAGUAUGGUUCUCAUUCAAAAUGCCACCCUGGCAGGAGGAGUCGCAGUGGGUACCUGUGCUGACCUGCCAAUCCACCCUUUUCUUGCCAUGUGCAUUGGGAUCAUUGCUGGAAUUGUCUCUGUCCUUGGGUUCCACUUCCUGACUCCUGUGUUGGCAUCCAAGCUGCACAUUCAAGACACUUGUGGAGUUCAUAAUUUACAUGGUUUACCUGGAAUUCUGGGAGGUAUUGCUGGCAUCAUAGUAACUGCAGUAAAAGGGGGAACUCGUGAUAUCCCAUUUACUCCUGGCAAGCAGGCUGCUGCCCUGGGCAGUACACUUGGAAUUGCACUGGCAGGAGGAGCACUGACAGGUGCUAUUCUAAAGCUGCCCUUCUUGGGACAAGUAUCUGACCAGCACUGCUUUGAUGACUCUGUUUAUUGGGAGGUUCCAGAAGAGGAGAAUGCACAUGAAAUUCACUCCAACAACCCUGAUGAGCACAGCAGAUUUGAAGCUGCCGUGUAG